AUGCCAGCACCCUCGUCUCUCAAGCUUGAACCCUUGACUGUGGAUGAUUUGCCAGCUCUCACAGACCUUUGGUUCGCAGCGUUCUCGGACCCAGAACUACGUCGCGUCUUCCCCAACACACCAGCAGUCCGCCAAUGGUUAACAGAUGCCAACUACCGCGAUUUCACGCAGAAGCCCUUUCAGAAAUACGUUAAGGUGAUUGAUACCGAGUCAAACGACCACCACGGCCGACCGCGCAUAGCAGCGUAUGCGAAAUGGGACACAUCGAUGCCGGAAGAUCGUGGCGACCGCUACCCACCAUGGCAUGAAGAGAUGCCUAAAACGCUAUGCGACAAAUUCUUCCAGAAAGAAGAGGAAAAUCGGAAACGCGUUAUGGGUGAUAAAAAACAUUUUUAUCUGGACACUGUCGCUACCCAUCCUGACUAUCAACGACGAGGAGCUGGAUCGAUGCUUGUUAAAUGGGGCUGCGAGCUAGCUGAUGUCGAGGGUGUUGCCGCAUAUGUGGAUGCUAGCAAAGAUGGCGCGCCUUUGUAUGCGAAGUUUGGGUUUGUGGAUUUCAGUAACCUCGGUGACGAGAUUGCUUCGAUGGCGAGAACUUAG